UUCAAUAGCAGUUGACUAAAGAAAAAAACAGUGAAAGCAGUUCCAAAAUGACAAACUUACCUUUCAAAGUGGAAUAUGCAAAAACAGGAAACGCCAACUGUAAAGUGUGCAAAGAAAAAAUUGAUAAAGGAAUAUUACGAUUCGGAAUAUCAUUGCAAUCAAAAUUUUAUGAUGGUCAUCAAACACAUUGGCAUCACGAGGAGUGUUUCUUCAAGAAGGUAAUACCAAAGAGCAUUUUUGAUUUUGAGAGGUUUAACGUACUACAAUACUGUGAUAUAAAACGACUAAAUGCAAAAAUAAAAUCUAUAUUAUCUACAAUACUGAACAAUCAAGGUAAAAAGCAACUUGCAGAGUCAAAACCAAAUGAAUUACCUUUACCGUCGUUUAACAUUGAAUAUUCAAAAACGAGUAGUUCCACGUGUCGUCAUUGUGAUCAAAAAAUUCUUAAAGACGAGAUAAGAAUUUCUAAAUCACACUAUGAUCCACGAUUCGGAGACAGCCUUUUGUGGUUUCACAUUAACUGUUUUAUUGUAAAACGAGAAGAUUUGUUAUUUACAGGAAAUAUUAACGAUAUACCUGGCUUUUCAAUGAUCAACGAAAAUGACCAAGUUUUGAUUAAUAAAGAGAUUGAGAAUUCGACAAACUAUCUUUAUGUAGGUAAACAAGUAGAUGAUUCCGAUCAAUAUAUAGAGAUGAUUGAAGGAGAAUCAAGAAUAUUUGAUCACUGCCGAAAGGCUCUAAGCGUUUUGAAUGACAAUGAACUCAAGAAACUAAUAGAUGCAAACUUUCUAUUACUAUCCAAAAGUCGAGAAGAAUGUAUAGAUAUUCUUGCUGAUUGCAUGACUUGCGGUGUUCCCGAAACAUGUCCAGAAUGCAAACAAGGACAAAUUGUGUUAGAUACUUUUUAUUACAAGUGCAUUGGCGAUACAAGCGCUUGGACACAAUGCACUUACAGGACUGAAACACCUCAAAGAAAGUCUAUGAAAAUACCGUGUGCCUUGGGAUAUAUUCAGGUUUUUAAAGAUUAUCAACAUCCAGGUUUGCAGCGUCAUUUUUAUAAACCAACUUCAAGAAUCUUUACAAACUCAGAUUCAAAUUCAUUUCAGCUAAUUCCACGAGAUAUUAAAGAGAGCAGUAACGUUUCUGAAGCGAAAAGAACAAAAUUAAAAAUAAAAUAUGGUAUGGAUGUGGAUCUAAAUUCCGGAUUAGAAAAUAUUGCACACGUUUAUAAAGAACAAAACAAUUAUUACAGUGUUGUGUUGAGUAAAACUCAUGUUGAUGAUAAUAAAAAUUCUUUUUAUAAACUUCAACUGCUAGAAUCUGAUAGUAAAGAAAAAUAUUGGGUAUUUCGGUCUUGGGGAAGAACGGGUACGUCGAUAGGUGGCAAGAAACUUGAAAAUUUUACUGAUUCCUGCGAAGCAAAAAAACACUUUGAAAAAAUUUACGUACAAAAAACUAAAUAUCGAGAACUUUCAGGACAUCACUUCAUUAAAAUACCGAGAGCCUAUGUACCUGUUGAUAUAAACUACGAUGAUAUCUCAAUGUCAAAGAUAAAUAUUGAAAGUGAAUGUAAUCUACCUAUAUCUGUACAGGGGAUGAUUGUUAAAAUAUUUGAUAGGAAAAUUAUAGAAAAUUAUCUUUUGCAAUAUGAUCUUGAUAUUAAAAGCAUGCCGCUUGGUAAAAUCUCUAAAGAACAAAUUAAAUCCGGAUAUAACAUACUAUCAAGUCUCCUAGAAGACUUUGAUAAAGGUGACAUUAAUAUAGAAAAAAUUAAAGAUUCUUCAAAUAAAUUAUAUACAAUAGUACCCCAUAACUUUGGAUUGAAAUACCCUCCAUUACUGGAUAAUAAAGAUUUAAUAAAAAAGAAAUUAGAAAUGUUAGAUAGUCUAUUAGAAGUGGAAAUAGUUUAUGAUUUGUUAAAAUCUGCGUCUGAUGAUAUUAUAAGUCCCAUUGAAUCACUAUACCUCUCACUUAAUGCAGAUAUUAUACCCGUAGACAGUUCUUCGAUGGAGUAUAAUGUUGUAAUGAAAUAUCUGAAGAAUACGCAACAUUCGCUUGAUUAUAAUAUUGACAUUGAUGAGCUUUUCAAAGUGACGCGCGCUGGAGAAGAAGAUCGCUACAACAAAUAUAAAGAACUUCAUAACAAACGUUUGCUUUGGCAUGGAUCUAGAACUACAAACAUAGCUGGGAUUCUAUCACAAGGGCUUCGUAUAGCACCUCCAGAAGCACCUGCAACAGGUUACUUGUUUGGUAAAGGAAUUUAUUUUGCCGAUAUGAUUUCAAAAUCUGCUCAUUAUUGUUUGGUAAAUAAAAACCAUCCUAUCGGUUUUGCACUUUUGUGUGAGGUAGCACUUGGUAACUCAGAAAAAUGUUACAAAGCACAACAUGUGACACUGACCGAGGACAUCCAUUCAGUAUGGGGAGUUGGUCGCAUUCAACCGAACCCAACAGGAAAUGUUACAUUAAAAAAUAAUAUUAUAGUACCGCUUGGAAUGCCAAUUAAUAGUGCUUCUCAAAGUAAUCUCUUUUAUAAUGAAUAUAUUGUUUAUGACGUGGCUCAAGUUAACAUUAAAUAUUUAUGGAUGCUGAAUAAAAAGAACAAUCUACAAAUUUAA